AUGUGGGAAUCAUCCUACUGCAAAAAAGUUUCUACUCGAUCAGGUAUUCACUGGUUCCGCUUUCAAGAAUUUGUCGAUGUAGUUUGUUGGCCUUCUGGACUUCGCUACACAGCUUAUGAUGAUGAUGGUGUUAGGAUACGUUUUCACACUGGAGUAUCUCGUGUAGCAGCAUGUUGCACUUCUUAUGAGCUGAAUUUUGUUGCCUUCUCCUCCUGUGCCAUUUUGCAUGCAGAGGAUCCGUUGAGAGUUUGUCUCAGUGGAGAACUAUAUGAUCUUUUCCCUUAUUGUAUCCAUAUUUUACAUUCCAUUGUUUCCUAUCCUUUUGAGGUGUUGCAUGGUGGAGUCUCAGCUCUAGUAGCCGAGUCUCUGGCUUGCAUGGGCGCCCACGUGGCGUCCGGAUUUGGAAGGGUGGCUGGAGUCCACCUCAGCAUCCACCACCUAAAAAGUGCAAAUCUUGGUGAAAUUGUAUAUGCUGAGGCUAAACCUCUCAAUGUUGGAAAAUCAAUUCAUGUUUGGGAAGUGAAUUUGUGGAAAAAAAAUUCUUUAAAUUUAGGGGAAAGAAUUUUGAUUUCUUCAUCAAGAGUUACUAUCAAGACAAACAUGCCUAUACCAAAAAAUGUCAAAGAUACUGCUGUGAAUAUCAAGAAGUAUGCCAAGUUAUAA